AUGUUUUAUUUUUUUUCUAUCUAUCUAUCUAUCUAUCUAUCUAUCUAUCUAUCUAUCUAUCUAUCUAUCUAUCUAUCUAACUCCAUUUAUCAGCUGUUCAUUAUCUAUCUAUCUAUUUUUAUCCAUAAGGCUGUUCAUUAUCUAUCUAUCUAUCUAUCUAUCUAUCUAUCUAUCUAUCUAUCUAUCUAUCUAUCUAUCUGUGCUGUUCAUAUCUAUCUAUCUAUAGACAUGAUAGAAAUAAAAAAUGUUGAUAAAAAGGCUAAAGGUCACAGCGAUGAAGAAGCCGACCCUGAAAUCGGAGAAGCAGAUUACAAAAAGGUGGAUGAAAGUGGAUUUUCUUUUCUUCUUCUUCUUCUUCUUCUUCUGUUGCUUGCAGCCAGGUAUCAUAUUGGCAUUUUCUUUUGCUCAUUCAUUCAUCGAAACUGUCUAUCUAUCUAUCUAUCUAAAGGCUGUUCAUAUUUAGGCUGUUCAUAUCUAUCUAUCGUAGGCUGUUCAUAUCUAUCUAUCGUAGGCUGUUCAUAUCUAUCUAUCUAUCUAUGGCUUAUAUCUCAUCCUGUUUCAAUCUCUGUAUCCUUGUAUUCCUAUCUAUCUAUCUAUCUAUCUAUCUAUCUAUCUAUCUAUCUAUCUAUCUAUCUAUCUAUCUAUCUAUCUAUCUCUUCCAUUCUGUUUCCAUCUCCUUUUCUCUGUCUGUUUGUCUAUCUAUCCAUCAUAGGUUGUUCAUCUCUCUCUCUCUCUCUCUCUCUCUCUCUCUCUCAUUAUCUAUCUAUCUAUCUAUCUGAGGCUGUUCAUAUCUCACUCUCCCUAUCUAUCGGAGGCUGUUCAUAUCUAUCUAUCUAUCUAUCUAUCUAUCUAUCUAUCUAUCUAUCUAUAGGCUGUUCAUAUAUCUAA